GAGACAGCUAGAUACGCAGCCUUGACCUAGAAGGCCUGAUAAAAGGCGAUGUGCAGGACAUGCACCCUUCAGACUUCAGUCCAACUGCAUUUGUCGUGUAUCGCAGCAGAAGUUAUAAAGUCAAGGCAUCGGGAAAGUCACCUCUUUGUUAAGUAAAUAAAAACAAGUGUGACAUCACCAAAAUGGCAAGCAUUCCUGAAACAUCCAAAUGUCAGUACAACUUUCUGGGCAAGUCAGGUCUUCGGGUGUCCAACAUCUGCCUGGGUGCCAUGACGUUUGGAGAAUCCAUUUUUGGCUUUCCAGGACAAAAGGAAGAGGAAGCAUCAUUUGAAAUCAUCAAUCGUUUUGUGGACUGGGGAGGUAACUUCAUUGACACUGCAAAUAUCUAUGGUCGAGGUGCAUCAGAGAGAAUUGUUGGCAAAUGGCUCUCAAGUCAAGAAAGAGAGCGCUUUGUAAUAGCCACCAAGGUUCGAUUUCAAAUGGACUUGAACAAUCCUAAUGCUGUCGGUCUGAGUCGAAGGCACAUUACAAGGAGUAUUGAUGAAAGUCUGGAGCGGCUGCAGACAAAUUAUGUUGACCUGUAUCAGACCCAUGGCUGGGACGAUGCUGUUCCACUUGAGGAGACACUUCUGACGCUUAAUGAUUUGGUUAGGUGUGGCAAGGUGCGAUACCUGGGUGCCAGCAAUGUCUCAGGCUGGCAGCUGCAACAGAUUGUGGAUUUGUCCAAGGAGCUGGGAUUGAAUGCCUAUAUUUCUCUUCAGCAACAGUACAGUCUGGUCAGCCGAGAUUCCGAACUCGAACCAUUUCAGGUCUGCAAGCUGAAGGGUCUGGGAGUGUUGCCUUGGAGUCCAUUGAAAGGAGGAUUUUUGACCGGGAAGGUGCUUAAGGGUAAGAAGCCCCAGGAGGGACGGCUGGGCUGGUCAGCAGACAAAUCAUUAAGUCUACAGUCAUCACCAUCUUGGGAAAAACUUGAUGAUCCACACAACUGGAAGGUUUUGGAGGCUGUGGAGAACAUUGCUAAGGCAAAAGGAAAAUCCAUGGCACAGGUGUCACUUCGGUGGCUGCUGCAGAAGCCUAUAGUAUCCUCUGUGAUCAUUGGGGCAACCAAGACGUCGCAACUUGAUGAUAAUAUGGGUGCAUCUAAUGGCUGGGAACUAACAACAGAAGAGAUGUCAGCACUAGAUGCAGUAUCUAAGCCAAAUAUGCCAUAUCCUUAUGAAAUGAUUUGGAGAUCUAAUGAGCAAAGACAAAAUCCAUGGAACCCUACAGGUUACAUCAGAUAAAAGUCAUUAUAUGCUAUGCACAAGAUGAUUCAAGGCCUUAGCUUCAAAUUCUUGGAGGUUUUACAAUUUCACAGUGGCAAUUCGUUAUUAAUGAGAGGUUAAGUAAGCAGGACAUGCUUUUUCCCAUUUAGCCCUUGCCUUUUAUGGGGGAAGAAAAAGCUAAGUAAUUUAAUUCUAAACAAGUAGUAAUAAACAUAAGAUAUCAAAAGAGUAGAAGGUGAAUAUGUACAAAAGUAGUAGUUAAAACAGAUAUUUACAAAGGUCCUGUUGGGAAGUAUGUCUAAUGUUUUUUUGGUUUAGGAAUCUCUGUUGGAGGAGGCUUCAUCAAAUUUUCCUACCUGUAUUUUAGUAAUUGGGGUCGAGAGCAGUUCACGGAGUUCAGUUGCUUGAGAGGGAGAGGGAGGCUACUUCACACCAUGUUCCUUGAGUGUUUCAUUCUUGAUUUGAAAUGGUCUAUUCCAGAAACUGAACAAUUAAGUUUUAAGAAGUUUGUUUUGAUGUGAUAUCAAGGACAAUAAUAGUGUUUUAUAAGCAUGUAUUCUUAUGCUAAUUAUACAACUGAUUAAGUGUGACAACUGAAUUUUGUUAAUUCUUUUAACAAACUUAUUUUCAACAAUCAGAGAAUGAAGAUACAAAAAAAACCCCAAGUGAAUUAAUUAAAUAUUAUGAAGAAAGACAGUGUGUUUGAAUAUAAUGGAAAAAGAAAAUAUAUUAACUGUGAUUCUGAAGACUUGCAAAGCUUUAUAGUUGAGUAUCAUUUGUGGGCAAGUAAUAAACCAUAAUCGUGAUGGUGUAAAACA